AUGUUCGAUAAAAAGAUUAUCGCUGUGUGUGGCGCGACAGGCUUCCAAGGCGGAAGUACCAUAAAACAUCUCCUACGCGAUGGUCGAUUCGCUGUGCGCGGGUUAACGCGAAAACCCGAUUCCGCCAAUGCUAAAGCCCUCUCCACUCUUGGAGUGGAAGUUGUUCGGGGAGACUUUGAUGAUGUAGAUUCUUUGAUAUCUGCUUUCAGAGGGUGCUAUGGCGUUUUUGGAGUCACCGACUACUUUGAGGCAUUCGAUAAGGAGGCGCAGCAGGGCAUCAACAUUGUUGAUGCAGCAAAAGCCGCGGGGGUCGAACACUUGGUAUUAUCAGCGGGGGCAGAAAACGACCCACCUGUUGUAAUCUUGGAGCACAAAGCUACAGCUGCAGCCUAUCUUCGGGCUUCUGGUGUUCCUUGGACUGUGUUUUCUACUUCGUUCUACUACAGCAACCUCACCUUAUUCGAUGCCAUGACCCGGGAUCCUCGAACGGGUGGAUGGAGAUUCUACCUUCCAUUCCCAACAGACAUACCAAUGCCGAGUAUAUCACCCAAGGAUAUUGGCGCAUAUAUUACCGCUGCUUUCACCAAUCCUGAAGAAUGGAUCGGAAAGGAUAUGAAUAUUGUCAACGAGUACAUCACACCACGCGAAUACGCUGAUAUUUUUGCAGAAGUUACUUGCUCUUAUAUAGAAGUGACCGAGGUUACGCGAGAGGAUUUUAUGGCUAUGGAACAUCAACCCUUCAUUCUUCAGGCGUGGGGCGUGUUCAAGUGGUUUAUAGACCAGCACGAUAAAAAAGAGCCUUAUUACGACGUGCAGCUCGCCAAACGUUUAUGUCCAGACAACCAGUCGUUCGAGGAUUAUGUGAAGGAGUAUAGGGAAGUUCCGCCGGAGCAGCCGACAAUGAUUCAAUGCUAUCGUACACAAGAACGAUUUAUCGUAUAA